UCACUACCCAGGACGCAGAGUCAAUAGUGGAGCUGCAGAUUGAGGGUGGGCAGUACCACCAUGACAGACUGUACGAGAAGUUUCUACCUGCCCGGUGCAAAAAUCUUCAUACUAGGGACAGACUCGUUGCUCGGUCUCUAGUCGGAUAAAGUUCCGCUGAGUUCUCCUGAGACUCGGCCCGUUAGCAGGUCCGGUGUUUCUACACUAAACACACUUUAACAAGCUAGCAGGCUAAGCCAAAGCUAGGUCUGUUUACAUUACAGCUAACAGCUAGCUGCUGUCAGCGGGAUGUUUGGCUGUUUGGUCGCCGGUCGGUUGGUGCAGACCGACGCGGUGCAGGUCGCCUCGGAUAAGUUCGUGUUCAACCUGCCGGACUACGAGCACGUGAACCAUGUGGUGGUGUUCAUGCUGGGCACGGUGCCGUUCCCCGCCGGGAUGGGCGGUGCCGUCUAUUUCUCCUUCCCUGACCCGGUGAGCGGCGGCCCGGUGUGGCAGCUGCUCGGCUUCAUCACCAACGACAAGCCCAGCGCCAUCUUCAAGAUCUCCGGGCUGAGGACAGGGGAGGGCGGCGCGCACCCCUUCGGGAUGAUGGCCUCCUCCCCGUCGCCCUCCGUGGCUCAGGUCGGGGUGUCCGUGGAGGUUCUGGAGCAGCUGUCCCAGCAGGUCCCCGUGUCCAGCGCCGCCGUGUCCACCGUGGACUCCUUCCUGCAGUUCACUCAGAAGAUGCUGGACAGUCUCUACAACUACGCCUCGUCCUUCGCCGUCACACAGGCUCAGAUGACCCCGAACCCCUCGGAGACCUUCAUCCCCUCCAGCUGCAUCCUCAAGUGGUACGAGAACUUCCAGAGGAGGAUGGCACAGAACCCGAACUUCUGGAAGAACUGAUGAGAGCAGAGACACUAAAGACUCAGACCAAAGACCGGACCUCUCAGUGCCUGCAGCUUCUAAUUAAAGUCUCAUCAGAAGUUUUCACCGUGCUCAGUGUCGGCUUUCUACGGAGCCCCGCGAGGCUCAUGUGAGAGCAGAUAAGCCGUUUGUUAAUCCAGUCCCACAGUUCAGGAAACACGUCCACAGAUUGUUCAUCCAUGUGCACGUAUAUGUUUGGGACCGGAUCUACAAACAACUUUUUAUCUUUUCCUACCUGAACCUCGCAGGACUCCGUAGCUUUCCUCUCUGAUGCUUCUACAGAAAACACUUCCUGUCUGAGCUCACAGUCUGUUACACUCAACAUGCUGUCAAUAAACAAUGUUUAACAGCCGGGUGCUGAAUCCCGAAAAGCUGUCGCAAUUUAAUUUAUAAAUCAGAUUUUAUUACAGGUGAGCUUAACGUGCUUUACAGUCAGGUCAAACACAGAAAUACAACAACAGAAUGUUUCUACAGAAAUCAAAUCAAUAAAGCCAAACAUACUGCACACACA